AUGCGUUGCUCAAGAGACGCGCCAUGCACAAGAUGUAAAAAAAGACGUUUUGUUUGCGUCUACCCUGAGCCCAGGACACGGCCCGAGAAGGAGAAAAAGAGGAGGGCAAGGAAGAAGAAGGAUUCAAAUCUUCAAUCACCCAAACCACCACCCGCAAAAAGCUCGAACGAAGAUGCGGAGGGCGAAGAUGGUAUCCAGGCACCAGAGCUAUUGGCAACGGCACCAGUGGAAACAGAGGCAUUGGGAACCGAGUGGGUGGAAAGGGAACCGGUGGAUACAGAGCCGGCAGACACAGAGCUCGUGGACGAAGAGCCCGUGGAGGCUGAGCCAAGAGAAACAGAGCUGGCUAUGAACAAUAGCGGAAUCAAUGAUGCCAACAACCUUUCUUGGAACAUCAAUGGUUCCAACGAUUUCACGGUUCCUCCAGCAGAUGGAACUUGGCCACCUAAUGAUGAAUCAAUUGCUGUUGCACCACAACCAAUCAAUCCAAUGCUCCAAAUCGAUGACAUGGGAAGCUUUCAAGAAGUACCGGAUCUCACUACGGCUAUCCCCAAUAUCAAUUGGCUCUCUGACAGUCAAUUUGCUUCAUUGUGGGAGAAUCAAUUGCCGAUUAUCCCCGAAGGCCUUGGUUCAAUGGCAUACACAUUUCCCUCUGAAUUAAUCGGGCCUAAUUCUGUCUGUUCUUGGGUCCCAGAACAGCCCCUGGACGUCAAUAUGAACAUCACUGGCUCAAUGGAAACACCAGCCAUCGAACUGGACGAGACAUACUACCCAACAGUUGUGGAAAGCCCUUACGAUGGGCACGCGAGUAGUAUUAACGGUUCGAAUGCGUCAUCCUCAAGCAAUGGGGCCCUCUACGUGGAUGGGACAGCAGCUAGAGCCCCGUUUCGUGGUCAACUACUCCCCCAGCAAACGAACUUACAGAGCACUCGUCCUGAACAGGACCCUCGCCUCCCCGAAGCAGAUGGGCCAGACUACAGUUAUCUAAAAUCCUUAGUAGCGAGUAUGCGAGAAUCAUCUGAUAACACGUCUGUACCAGAGGCCCUCUAUUCCAAACUAUCGUCUGUGAUUCAGAAUGAGAUUGGAAUCGAUUCGUCACUUGAUUUAGACGUUCAGAUCCCCCCUCUGGAGAACAUUAGGGCCUUUACAACUGGAUCCUAUUACUAG